AUGUAUAAAUUUAUCUGCGAUCGUUUUUGUGACUCAUUCACACGUUUGUUACUAUUAAUUCAAGUUGAUGGAAACUGGGCAGAUUGGUCGUCGUGGUCAUCAUGUGACGUUACAUGCGGUCAUGGAAAACACACACGCAUUCGAACAUGCACAAACCCUGCACCUGUAUAUCAAGGGCUAGAUUGUAAAGGAAGCAGCUCGGACACUAAACCUUGUACUCGACCUCUAUGUCCAGUUCAUGGGGGCUGGGCGGGAUGGUCAAGUUGGGAGUCAUGCCCUGUAACAUGCGAUAUAGGUAUACAGAAGAGACAUCGUACAUGUACAAAUCCAUCUCCUUUACGGCAUGGCGACCAUUGUUUUGGAGACACUAGUGACGUGAAACUGUGCAAACAAAAACCCUGUGAUGCAUCGAAUGGAGGUUGGUCAGAUUGGGUCACAUGGAGUACAUGUAGCGAAUCUUGUGGUGUUGGAGUAAAAACCAGGUCAAGGUCAUGUACAAAUCCAGUACCUGGAACUCAUGGAGAGCCAUGUGUUGGAGAUCCUAUACAAGUAGAAACUUGCAACGAAGAGGAGUGUCAAAGUGUGGCUUUCAACGCGUACUAUAUAACUGACUGCAGUCCAGUUUCCGGUCAGACAAUGAUUUUUUCUAAGACUCUUUUGAAUGAGGGAGAUGCAUACAACACUUCGACUGGUAUUUUUGUUGCCCCAAGAAAUGGAACGUAUACAUUUGAUGCACAAAUGUGCAUUCUUUAUCAAAGACGGAUGCAGUUUGAUAUAAUGGUAGGAUCAGCUGUACAUGCGACCGCCUAUGGAUAUGAUCAAAACAGCAGAGAAUGUCCGUCGGCACAUGCAAUAGUAAAAUUAAAUUCGAGUGAUAGCGUUACUGUUCAGUGGAAACGUUGGUCAUAUUCUACCAGUAACGUUAUUACGCAAAGCGUUAGCUGUAGAAAUUCUUUUUCUGGAAAAUUGUCAAACCCAUAAUGCAUAUUCGAAUUAACAUGAUUAUUGAUGUGUAAUCUGACUGUGGACAAUAAAAAAAAACAACAAAAAAAAAAACAAACCACACAAA